AGAGAGAGAGAGAGAGAGAGAGGAGACGUGAGGAGGAGAAAAAAUCAGAACCUGACAAAGCGUCUGAGGAGCAGAGAGAGCAGAGAGACGCUCCGGUCAGCGCGCGGACGCACACGGAUGGAUUUUAGCACUUUGUGCACCGGAAAACUUUCCCCUGCUACUUUUUCAAAGCUCGACCUUCCUCUGUGGAAGCUGCAAACUUUCUGAGAAUCUGUCAGAGAGCUGGCUCUGCUCUGCGCCCUGGAACAAACUUGGUGACGGUGGAGGAAAGUUUCUGCGGUUUUCUCGGCUCGGUUUGGAGGGUUAACGCGUCAAAACUCGGAUUUCCCUGCAUGGCAUUUUUACUACGCCGCCUGUCGAGGCUGGAUUAUAUCUGAUUUUGCUCCUGUGCUUGUGGAAUAAGUGAGAGAAGAAGGCAGCAGCCGCGGCAGCAGCGCCUCGUAGAUUGUUUUUUUUUGCUGCAUUGUGGAGUUGGAGACAUUCCUCCCUGUGGAUUCGGCUCAUGCUCUCUCCUCCCUUCUCCGUGCAUGCCAAAACACAGAUCUCCACGACCCGAGUCCUCCCUGCCCCGGUGAUUGGGUGAAUUCUGCUGAGUGACAGGCCGGCCCGGAAGCAGUUGAUGGUUGGGCAGACCCCCUCAGAUGGGAUCAGUGUCCAGGGGGAGGAGGAGAAGGGGGGUAUGGGGAGCGCUGGCCUCCACUAACGGGAUGGCCUCGUGGGCCUGGCUGCUGGCCGCUGUCCUGCUGUCCCUGCUGACCGUCAGCGUGGCCCGGCCCCCCCUCACCGCCACCAAGGAGGAGGAGGCCACUCUGCAACCGGAAGACGCAUCCAACAAAUACCAAAUAUCUAAGCCCACGGUGUGCUCGGUGCACCCUGGGGAGGUGCUGAAGCUGAGCUGCCCUCUGCCGCCUACGGGGACCAUCACCUGGACCAAAGACGGCAGCUCUCUGGGCACCAACAACCGCACGCUGAUAGAGCAGGAGGUGCUGCAGAUCCGUGAUGCCACGCCCAAGGACUCGGGCCUGUACACAUGCACCAGCGUGGGCAAAGACACGGUCUGCUUCAUAGUCAAUGUCACAGAUGCCAUCUCAUCGGGGGAUGACGAGGACGAUACAGAGCGAUCGGAGGACACGGGGGCGGACGGAGAGCAGCUGAGCGCCCCGUACUGGACGUCGUCAGCCAAGAUGGAGAAGAAGCUGCACGCGGUGCCGGCGGCCAACACGGUGAAGUUUCGCUGUGCUGCCGGAGGAAACCCCCGACCCAGACUACGCUGGCUGAAAAACAGCCGGCCGUUCCGGCAGGAGGACCGCAUGGGAGGGUACAAGGUGCGCAGCCAGCACUGGACCCUGAUCAUGGAGAGCGUGGUGCCUUCGGAUAAGGGGAACUACACCUGCCUGGUGGAGAACGAGUUUGGAUCCAUCAAUCACACCUACACACUGGACGUAGUGGAGCGCUCUCCUCACCGGCCCAUUCUCCAGGCCGGUCUUCCCGCCAACACCACCGUGCACGUUGGGGAGGACGCGCGCUUCGUCUGCAAGGUUUACAGCGACGCACAACCUCACAUCCAGUGGCUGAAGCACAUCACUCAGAACGGCAGCCGCUACGGGCCCGAUGGGCACCCCUAUGUCCGAGUCUUAAAGACUGCAGGUGUUAACACCACAGAUAAGGAGAUAGAAGUUCUCUACCUCCCCAAUGUCACAUUUGAGGAUGCUGGGGAGUAUACGUGCUUGGCGGGUAAUUCUAUUGGGAUCUCCUUUCACACUGCUUGGUUGACGGUGCUUCCAGCCCCGGAGAAACCCCUCGGCCCACUCUCCCCGGACUACGUGGAGAUCGCCAUUUACUGUGCUGGUGUUUUCCUCAUUGCCUGCAUGGUGGGGAUCGUGGUCGUGUGUCGCAUGAGGAACACGGCGAAGAAACCCGACUUCGGGGGCCAACCGGCGGUCCACAAACUGAGCAAACAGAUCCCUCUGCGCCGCCAGGUAACAGUGUCGGCAGACUCGAGUUCAUCCAUGAACUCCAGCACACCGCUGGUACGCAUCACAACACGGCGGAGCUCGGCGCACGACGAGCCGAUCCCGGAGUACGACCUUCCGGAAGAUCCACGCUGGGAGUUCGCUCGAGACAGGCUGACUCUGGGUAAACCUCUGGGUGAAGGCUGUUUCGGUCAGGUGGUGAUGGCCGAGGCUCUGGGCAUUGAUAAAGACAAACCCAAGGAGGCGGUGACGGUCGCCGUGAAGAUGCUGAAAGAUGACGCCACGGAGAAGGACCUGUCUGACCUGGUGUCAGAGAUGGAGAUGAUGAAGAUGAUCGGGAAACACAAGAACAUCAUCAAUCUUCUGGGGGCGUGCACACAAGAUGGACCGCUGUACGUAAUCGUGGAGUACGCCUCUAAGGGAAACCUAAGGGAGUACCUGCGUGCCCGUCGGCCUCCUGGCAUGGAGUACUCGUACGACAUCGCCCGAGUCUCUGACGAACAGCUCACCUUCAAAGACCUGGUGUCCUGCACCUAUCAGGUGGCCCGAGGGAUGGAGUACCUAGCCUCACAGAAGUGUAUACACAGAGACCUGGCAGCCAGGAAUGUUCUGGUCACAGAGAGCAACGUCAUGAAGAUCGCUGACUUUGGUCUGGCCAGAGACGUCCACAACAUCGACUACUACAAAAAGACCACCAAUGGUCGACUCCCGGUGAAAUGGAUGGCUCCAGAGGCUCUCUUCGACCGGGUCUACACGCACCAGAGUGACGUCUGGUCGUUCGGGGUGCUGAUGUGGGAGAUCUUCACCCUGGGGGGGUCCCCGUACCCCGGCAUCCCUGUAGAGGAGCUCUUCAAGCUGCUCAAAGAGGGACAUCGCAUGGACAAGCCUGGAAACUGCACCAACGAGCUGUACAUGAUGAUGAAGGACUGCUGGCACGCCAUCUCGUCCCAGAGACCGACCUUCAAGCAGCUCGUAGAGGACCUGGACCGGAUCCUCACCCUCAGCACCAACGAGGAGUACCUGGACCUGUGUGCCCCCACAGAGCAGUAUUCCCCAAGCUUUCCCGACACCCGCAGCUCUUGCUCCUCCGGAGACGACUCGGUGUUUUCCCACGACCCGUUACCGGACGAGCCCUGCCUCCCCAAGUACCAGCACAUCAACGGGAACGUCAAAACAUGAGACCACACCCCCACCCCGCCUGUUUAUCUUCAAACCCCAGCCCCACCUGCCCCCCCUCAAUCACACCCAGCACAGACCCCUUUCUCCUGCCCCCCCUUCGCCCUGCUAAGGUUCCUGAUGGACUAACGGACCUGGACAGGGGCUGGGCGGCGGCGUCGCUGCUGUCACCUUCACACUGCCACUCGCCGAACGUCUUAAAGGAGAGGACACAGACCUCCUCCUCCUCAGACUCAGAGGUUUGGUUUCACAAUCGACGAUCUCAUUCCAGCCGCUGGCAUUCCAAGACUUUUUUUCUGCUCCUGGAGGAAUGUAUGGACCUAUGAGGACUUUAAAAAACGAGGGAUUAGAAGAGGAGAACAAAUAGGAAACAGACUGAGAGACAAAACUAACAAAGAGAGGAAUCGGAGAGCUCAUAUAGGAACGCCUCUCCUCUUUAUUUUGUCAUAUUGAUGCAUUUCUCUUUCAUUCUCUUGAUAAAAACUUCCCAAUUAUUCUGGAGAAAUAAAUACACAGUAUAAUGUAUAGUGCUGGGUAUAUUUGUAAAUAUAUUCAAAAAUGUAUAAAUAUAUAUUAUAUAUUUACAAUGAAUUAUUUUUUGUAUGGAAAUAACCCCGCCCUCUUACAGGCAGGUACGCUAACAGGAUGUGUCCUAUAUUUCUCUGCACACACACACACAAAUACACACUUUAUCAGUGUGUCCUAACAGCAUGGGACAAGAGCGAGCCAACAGGACAAAAUCAGCCUCAUACAUUCAUUAUGAAAUCUAAAUUAUAUCCCAAUAUUUCAAGGAAAUGGAGAAGUGCUUGGCUGCAGACAGGCGACAUCUGUAGAGGCGUGCAUUUACCGCCAUCCAGUGUUUUCAGCCAGAGAGCAAAAAAGAGGCUCUCUUGUGUUGUCAAAUGUGUUGUUUAAUCCCCCUUAAUAAAGUUGGUGCAGAUUCUCAAACAUUUAAAUGAAGUAUAAUGAAGUCAGUUAAAAGUAGCCAUCCUAUAAAGCCUGUCCAGGGCUAGAUGAAGACAUCACAGUGCCCAUGGGCAAGGUCUUUCAAGUGCAACCAACCCACCAAAAUUCUGCUGCCUUUGGGUUGAGAUUGCAUGCAUAACUGUAAACUGAGCUGUUAAAGUCUAGGGCAAUCAAGGUAGCCAUUCCCGCAGCAUGAAACACCUUGUUUGUUAAAGAGUGGAUGCACAUCCCAACUCUCUCACUGAUGCAGGAUAUUAGGCUGUUCGGUUCUGAAAAGCUGCAGGGCCCACGUUCAACUGCCACUUCCUGAAGUUGCAGGAUCUCUGGAUGGUGUUUGUGUUGAGAUGCUUGAUCUGCAGGUGUUGAUCUGGGGUUGCAAGCUGCUUGGGAAUUCCCUCUGCCCAGGUCACUAAUAGUGUUAGCAACUGAGCUAACAUUAGCUGUCUAAUGGAUGGGUGAAGAGGCUCUCUUGCUAACUGAGCGAUCCUCCCCUCCCCAGGCCUGCUGACCAAUGAGGAGGGGUACGUCAUCUCACAGUGUCACUGUGUUGAAACUACAAUGACACUCGUGGACAAGCCAAUGCAAAGCACUAGGUCUUAUUUCUUAUUUAUGCGGUUUGGUAGGUUGUGAUUGUUAUGCGCUGACUGCUCUGGGCAGAAUCAGCACCUCCAAAUCUGAGGCCAUGGUCCUCAGUCGGAAAAGGGUGGAAUGCCCUCUCCAGGUUGGGAAUUAGAUCCUGCCCCAAGUGGAGGAGUUCAAGUAUCUCAGGCUCUUGUUCACGAGUGAGGGAAGAAUGGAGCGGGAGAUUGACAGGCGGAUCUGUGCGGCAAAGGCAGUGAUGCAGUCUCUGCAUCGGUCUGUUGUGGUGAAGACAAAGGCGAAGCUCUCAAUUUACCGGUCAGUCUACGUUCCUACCCUCACCUAUGGUCACGAGCUGUGGGUUGUGACCGAAAGAACGAGAUCACAGAUA